AUUUAGUGUGCGUGCGUGUGGGCGUGUGUGCGUGCUUGUUCGCGCAACAAAAUACUCAGUGCACAUGCAUUAGUUUCGCUUCGCUAGUAAGGAUAAGUAGCGGGAAAACGCGCCAAAAAACAUCGCGCGUCGACGUCAGUUACCGGUUUGGGAGUUAUUUCAAUCACUGCUGUCAACGUGAUUGCUUAACGUUUCGGCAGUAGCGGUGUGAUCGUAUGUGCUCGGAAUCAAUUUGUGAUUUUCGCUGAUCCUUCAAGACGCUUUCGCUUCGUGACAUCGACCGCGCGCAUCAUGAAGGUGUUGGCGUUGGUUAGCGGUGGCAAGGACAGUUGUUUCAACAUGAUGAAGUGUGUUGAGGACGGCCACGAAAUAGUCGCUCUCGCCCACUUGAAGCCGAAAGAUGCGGAUGAGCUCGACAGCUACAUGUACCAGUCUGUAGGUCACGAAAUCAUCGACCACUACGCUGAAGCCAUGGGACUGCCAUUGUUCAGGCACAUUGUGGGCAAGCCGUACAACCAAGAGAGUGAAUAUGAGGUGACAGAAGGCGACGAAGUUGAAGAUCUUUUCGAGUUGAUGACCAGGGCCAAAGAGGCUGUUGACUACGAAGCGGUGUCAGUCGGUGCCAUAUUUUCGGACUACCAGCGUGUACGUGUUCUUAAUGUGUGUGACCGACUGGGUGUCACAAUGCUGGCCUAUCUUUGGCACUGUGACCAGUCCCAGCUAUUGAGAGAGAUGGUGGACUGCGGCAUCCACGCCAUCCUCAUAAAGGUUGCCGCCUUGGGCCUGGAUCCUCACAAGCACUUAGGGAAGACUUUGGCAGAGAUCUAUGACCACAUGAUUUCUAUGGAAAAGAAGUACGGCCUUAAUGUUUGUGGUGAAGGCGGAGAAUACGAGACAGCCACUUUGGACUGCCCGCUGUUUCGCAAACGGAUUGUCGUAGAUGAAAGUGAAGUUGUGAUUCACUCUGACGAUGCCUUUGCACCUGUGGGCUAUUUGAAGAUUAAGCGAAUGCACCUGGAGGAUAGGCCAAACUCUGAACAUGGACUAAAAGCGUCAUCUAAGGUGUCAUUAUGACAUUGAUUAAAUGGACUGCUUACUAAUAAUG